AAAGGCCCUAAUUUAUAUGUUUUCUUUCUCUAAACCGGUGAUCAUCCUCAUUCUCUCAAGCUUCGCCGUCAUUGAACAACGAUCGCCGAUCAGUCUUGGAGUCGCAGUGUUUGAAUUUAAUCGCAAUGGAGCAGAAACCACCAGUACGAAAGAUGAAAUUUGCCCCAAAAGCUCCCCCAAAACGUGUGCCAAAACCUGAAGUUAAACCUGAAGUAGUUGAGAAUGAUAGUAAUAGUGCACAAGCCUUGGAAUUGCUACGCAGAGUUAAUGAAAGAUCAUUGCGCAAGCCAAAAGCGGACAAGAAAGUUCCUGCUUCUCGAGUUGCUUGGAUGGGGGGAGUGGUGAAUUCAACCACAUCAAAUAAGUACCUCAGUGGAUCAAAUGGUGCUUAUGGAUCAACCUCUACUCAGGAGAUAGAGUAUAAAGAACCAUGGGAUUACUACAGCUAUUACCCGAUCACACUUCCAAUGAGGAGACCGUAUGCAGGCGAUCCAGAGGUUCUUGACGUGGAGGAGUUUAUGCAGGCUGCAGGAAAUCAUGAAGAUUCACUUAACACAGCUGCUAAUCUUGGUCUAAUGGAAGAUAGUGGAGAACAGAAAAUGCUUUUUAUGAGGUUACCUUCUGUUCCUUUGGCAUCAACACCAACAGAAAACCGUGAAACAAAGCCAAAUAUCAGAGGCCCCGUUCAGAAGACUGUUGAUUUAAAAGCCUUGCCAGAAGGUUUCAUGGGCAAACUACUAGUCUACAAAAGUGGUGCUGUCAAGAUGAAACUGGGUGAAGUGCUUUACGAUGUAAGCCCGGGGUUGAAGAGCGAGUUUGCACAAGAUGUAAUGGUGGUUAACACAGAGCAGAAGAAUUGCUGUCUGGUUGGAGAUGUGUACAAGCAUGCAGUUUUGACUCCUGAUAUUGAUUCAAUCUUGAAAAAUAUCGAAAAUAUUUGAUAUUCUUUAACUAUUUUUGUUACAUCAAUUUUGUUUUCAUUCUUUUAUUCGAAAGAACUCAUAGUUUUGACAUUGAGAAAGAAAGAAAAAAAGAGUUUUGGUUUACUUUCGAUAACAA